AAGCGAGAAAGUUAGAGAAAGAAAAAAAUAAUAAUAAAAAAAUAAGUGUGUACUGCAUCACUCGCAGUAAACCAAAGUUCAGCUCUUCAAAGUGGUGAACAAGAAACAACCCCAGUUGCUACUUCACACCCCAACACGAAACGUGCACUUCCAUUCAUUCUCUUUCAAUGCCAUCCCUGCCUUAGUUGAAAACAAAUAAAAAAUAAAUUUCCCAACUCUCAAAAUCUUCUUUCUGAUCUCUCUUUAUUUGGGGUUUGUUCAGACUUAGAGAGAGAGAGAAAGCCAUGGGAAGAAAUUCCCUUUUCUUUCUCGCUCUAACAACGCUUGCCAUUACUUACACCCUUCAGUUCCAAGCUCACGCAGCUCCUUCAGGACCGUUGAUAAGGCACUUGUCUUCUCUUCUCAAAUGGACCAGGUCAUACUCGUCCUCCAAAACACCCCAAUCAGAUGGAAAUGUUCUUCAGUUUGAGAGUGGCUACUUAGUUGAGACUGUUGUGGAAGGGAAUGAUAUUGGAGUUGUUCCUUACAAAAUCCGUGUUUCUGAGGAUGGAGAACUGUUUGCUGUUGAUUCUGUUAAUAGCAACGUUGUGCGAAUUACGCCGCCAUUGUCCCAAUAUAGUAGGGCAAGAUUGGUUGCUGGGUCAUUUCAAGGUUACACGGGACAUGUGGAUGGAAAACCAAGUGAUGCCCGUUUCAAUCAUCCGAAAGGUGUUACCAUGGAUGAUAAAGGGAAUGUUUAUGUUGCUGAUACCUUGAAUCUCGCCAUCAGAAAGAUCAGUGAUGCUGGUGUCACAACCAUUGCUGGAGGAAAAUCAAACGUUGCAGGAUACAGAGAUGGACCUAGUGAGGAUGCUAAAUUCUCAAAUGAUUUUGAUGUCGUGUACAUUCGGCCUACUUGUUCCUUAUUAGUUGUUGAUAGAGGGAAUGCUGCACUUAGGCAAAUUUCUCUCAGCGAAGAGGACUGUGAUUAUCAGUAUACUUCAAUUUCUCCCACAGAUGUCCUUAUGGUUCUUGGCACUGUCUUGGUAGGAUAUGCUACAUGCAUGCUUCAGCAGGGAUUUGGACCUUCUUUCUUCCCAAAGAUGCCGCCAUCAGACAACGAAGCUAAAGGAAAGCCAAGUGAGGAGAAACACACUCUCAUGGAAAGCACAAAAGAACCGGGAUGGCCGUCUUUUGGACAGCUCAUCAUUGAUCUGUCCAAGCUCGGGCUUGAAGCAUUGGGUGGCAUUUUUCUGUACUUCAUUCCAUCCCGUUUCAGACCCCAUGGUGCCCAGAAAGGUCUCACGCCAUUGAAAGAUAAUCUCAGGAUGCCUGAAGAUGAAGCCCAAAAACCCCCAUUAGUUCAGAAACAAAGUGCUCCUACUCCUGUUUCUGAAACUCGGCCGGUCCAUCCACCCAAUGCAAGUGACAAGUACUCAGACUUGAAGCCACCAAAGAUAAAAUCGAGCAGUUUUAAGGAUCCCUCUCUGUUAAGCAAGCAACGGUCUUCAAAACGACAAGAAUAUGCAGAAUUCUAUGGAUCCAGUGAGGUUCCUCCUGGUGGGAGGUCUAAGAGCCAGAAAGAAAGAAGCAGGCAUCGGCAGCGGGAAAAGAGCGGUGAGGUGGUUUUCGGAGCGGUUGGAGCGGAGCAAAAACCUGUUGAUGUCAAGGCAGUGGAUUAUGACAACCCGAAAUUUGAUCGCUACAAUAUGAGGAGCAGCAGGUAUGGGCCUGAUGAUUCCUUCCGCUUUUGAAUACACUGCGAAUCUAGCGACUGCAUUUGCCUCCGUACUGACGCACAAUUCAUUUUGCCUAGUCUUGAAUGUGUAUUCAGUGUUUUUUUCUUUUUGAGCUAGUCUGCAGUUGAGUACUGUAAGUCUGUAACUAAGGAUGUACGUGUUAGAGGUAAAAAUACUAAUAUGUUUAACUGAGGACCUUUUUUGGGCUGUAUGUAAGCAUCAGCUAAAUAGGUUUUUAAGAAGCAAUUGAUCA